GCUCAUUUAGAACAAUUGAAAUGAAACCACAGAGACCUGGCUGGUGGCUCUUAGACACUGAAGUGGGGGAAUAGCAGGCAUCCUAUUUGGUUCUAGAGAAAGAGUGCAGGAUUCCAAUGGGUCUAGCAAGUGGAGUUAUACUUGAUUCGCAGAUCAGCUCUUCAGAUCAUAUAGACUAUUGGGAACCUAAGUUAGCACGAUUAAACAAUUCUGGAACAUACAAUGCUUGGAGCACUACAAUGAAGAAAGAACAACUCCCUUGGAUCCAGGUGGACUUUCAAAGACAAGUUCUGUUAACUGGGAUACAGACGCAGGGAGCCAAGCAGUUUUUAAAGUCCUUGUACAUCCAGAAGUUCUUUAUUGUUUAUAGCAAAGACAAACGGAAGUGGAGCACCUUCAAAGGAGACAGCUCUCCAGCACAAAAGAUUUUUGAAGGUAAUUCUGAUGCCUACGGGGUAAAAGAGAACAUCAUUGAUCCCCCUAUUAUUGCUAGGUACAUCAGAGUCUACCCAACCGAGGCCUACAACAGGCCUACUCUUCGUAUGGAGCUUCUGGGCUGUGAAGUGGAUGGUUGUUCUUUGCCACUUGGAAUGGAAAAUGGAGAGAUCAAAAAUACCCAGAUAACAGCCUCGUCAGUUAAGACAUCCUGGUUUAGCACAUGGGACCCUUCACUUGCUCGUCUCAAUCAGAAAGGAAAGAUGAAUGCCUGGCGAGCCAAGUUGAACAACAACCAACAGUGGCUGCAAAUUGAUCUUCUCGCAGUUAAGAAGAUAACUGCUAUUGCUACCCAGGGUGUCAAUUCCAUGUCUGCUGAAAACUUUGUGAAAACCUAUGUUAUCCUAUACAGCGACCAAGGCUCAGAGUGGGAAUCCUAUACAGAUGGUUCAAGCUCAGUGGCAAAGGUUUUCUUGGGUAAUGAAAACAGCAAUGGGCACGUCAAGCAUUUCUUUAACCCACCCAUUCUGUCCAGGUUUAUCCGCAUUGUUCCAAGAACAUGGUAUCAUGGUAUUGCCCUCCGGGUAGAACUCUAUGGCUGUGAUUUUGUUGGGGGUCUGGCUGUGAAAAGGACUGACAAGUCUGGGAGCUCUUAAGCUUUCAGAAAUUGUCAUGCAGAACAACUUUU